AUGUCGACAUCAUCAAAUCAAAAUAACAAUGGGUCGGCAAAACCAACUGACGGUAUGAGUGGGCCUGACCCUAUUGUACCACUGCCGGGCUCUGAUCCAGCCACUCGAAGACGUAAAGCAUUGCGUGAUUUUUAUAAAUUACAGGCUGCCAAAAUUGAAUCAUCGCCGGCGCCAACUCUGUCACCAACAGUAGAAGAUGAUUCAAUGACUGAUUUCAUUCGUGACAGCGAUACACAGCUAGAGUUAGAUGUCCCAGGGACUACGGUAGAUGAGUACAUUCGUAACCUCAUGAAAGAUAGCGAUCUUAAGACAGUGGUCAAAACAGAAAACAAGCUUGUUAGUGAAAUUAGAGCACUAGACAGCGAGCAGAAAGCAUUAGUUUAUAACAAUUACAACAAGCUAAUUGCAGCUGCUAAUACUCUAGAAUCCAUGCACAAGAAUAAUGAUCUGUCACAAGUGCAUGAAUUAAAAAGCUCGCUAGCGAAGGUAUCAGAGACGGUCAAGGGAACUGUAUCGCAGUCAAGCUCAGCUCCACCAGCCGAUUCGGCUCAAAUAUUAACAAGCGAUCAAAUUCAUGCUGCUCGAUGGCUACUUGCAUCAAAUAAGUAUCUCGACACUCUACUUGCGGCCAAUAGAAAGGAAGAAGCUAAGCAGUUGGCUGGCCAAACUGUUAAGCUUAUAGAGCGUUGGCCAAAAGGCAAUCAGUUGAUCCAAGACCAGUUGUCUGUGAUUCGCACAAAAUGUCUAGAUAUAAUCAUAGUUUGA